UUCCCUUCAAACACUGUGGCUACUACUGUUGUGGACAGAGUCUUCAGUGAAGAGGGAAGGAAAGGAGAGGCUGGAGCGUUGGAAGGGGAGGACUGCUAAAGUCUACUGCAGGGAAGGAUUGUUUUUUAGUGAGAGAAGGAAGGAGGAGAAGAGUCAGGGUCGGUUGUGGAGGAGAGAACCAGACCAACUGUUUGAUACUGUGGCAGCUGCUGAUAGACUGUCUUCAGUGAAGAGAGAAGGUAACAAAGCUGGAGAGCUGGAUGAGGUCUGCUACAGUCUAGUUGGAGAAAAAGCUAGAGGGUUCUGAACAGAAGACGGGGAUCUGAACAGAGAAGGAGAAGAUGAGACUGGUGAUAGAGUUUUUAUUAAAGCUAAAUGAUAGAGCUCAAGAAUGUGUUGGUAAAAAAAAUGCUGGUAACUCACUGCAUGACUAAGUACCACUUCUGGUUAUUUUUUCCAUGCUGAUGUUUCAUCCUCACAAAACAUUUUUAGCGGCAUAUGGUAUCUCCAUCAACACCUUCAGCUUUUGGAGGACUUUUCAAAGAAUAUAACUACUCAAACUUCCAUCAGCUUUUACAGUGGCUACAAAAAAGAGGAAAAUAAGUUUGAAUAUGUAUUUUUUUAAUAGUUGGAUUUAGAUGCCUUUGUUAUUUUCCUCUGGAGCAGACGCAGAAUGUGUUUCUGGAGAGGUGUACGGACGUACUGUUUCCCGUCAACACUGAAUGGCCACAUUGUGUUGGACUAACACAGCAUUACCUGGAUUAGAGACAGAUUCAAGUACAUUAAAGUGUACGGUGUGUGGGGCGAUCACUGGAUCUGCUUUGGAACGGAAUCAUAUUAGAUGUUAUGAUUUAUUUUUUGAUGAUUUAGACCUGGAUAUAGAUCUCAAACAUGAAUGCUAACGGCAACACAGCUGCUGCUCAGGGGAAGGCCUCUUCCAACUCCACCAUAUUCACCCGCUCCAACCGCUCCGAGUUCCAGCAGCCUGAUGUCGAGAUGCCGGUCCUGAAGUUCUUCCGGACUCUCUCUGAAGAGACAGACACUUCUCCCGAGAAUGUCAACAGCAGUCAUGGAACAUCUGUUGAAGUCAAUGGAAAUGAGAGGACAGCAGGGGGUUCAAGUGCAGUAGGUGUGGUGCAGAAGAAUGGAGAAUCCACCACCCACACCACAGUUGUGCGGACCAAUGAGAGAAAGGAAGUAUUUGGAACAGAGGGCUGCAGGGAAUUGGAGUCUGUCGAUGGGAUGCCACCAGGGACUAGCUGUUCUGUGGAUUGUGACAGGAAUGGAGGUCUGGCUCAAUGGAUUCCAAAAGCACAGAGUGACAUCAUGGACUUAGAGGAAGAAAAUGCAAAAGACUACAUUGCAGAUAACAAGACCCAUUUACAAGGAUAUGGUGGGUCAACAGACCAAUCGGAUGGCUGCAUUCCAGAAAGGACAUCUCACUUACAAGGAUAUGUGGAGCCAAUGGAUUCUUUAAAAAAUGAACUGAGAGUGUCCAUAGACAAACAUAGGAACAGUGGAGCAUCAGACGACUACAGUAGGGAGGAGCCUAUAGACACAGACACACAGUGUGCUACAGGCAGCACCAAUCAGGACGUAGACACUGACUGUCCCAGUACAGACCAGUCAGAGACAACUGACCAGCAACGUCUGUACAGAUCUACAGACAAAAUUCAUCAAGAUAUAUUAAAAAGUGAUGAAAUCACUAACACUGAUGACAAAUACAACGCAAAGGAUGUUCGCAACAACACAGAUGAAUCUACAGACAAGCACAACAUACUGACCUGGUUAACAGACAGUGAAACCAAUCCAGCAAGCAGCAGUACACAGGAAACAUGUACAGAUGAUAAGCAAAUCCAAGACUUACCAACACCUGAUGAUGAUUUGACCAGAGACCUUGCUAACCCUACUGCAGUAAGAGCUGGUAAACCUCAAGACUUACCGACACCUGAUGAUGAUUUGACCAGAGACCUUGCUAACCCUACUGCAGUAAGAGCUGGUAAACCUCAAGCCUUACCGACACCUGAUGAUGAUUUGACAAGAGACCUUGCUAACCCUACUGCAGUAAGAGCUGAGAAACCUCAAGACUUACCGACACCUGAUGAUGAUUUGACCAGAGACCUUGCUAACCCUACUGCAGUAAGAGCUGGUAAACCUCAAGACUUACCAACACCUGAUGAUGAUUUGACCAGAGACCUUGCUAACCCUACUGCAGUAAGAGCUGGUAAACCUCAAGCCUUACCGACACCUGAUGAUGAUUUAACCAGAGACCUUGCUAACCCUACUGCAGUAAGAGCUGGUAAACCUCAAGCCUUACCGACACCUGAUGAUGAUUUGACAAGAGACCUUGCUAACCCUACUGCAGUAAGAGCUGAGAAACCUCAAGACUUACCGACACCUGAUGAUGAUUUGACAAGAGACCUUGCUAACCCUACUGCAGUAAGAGCUGAGAAACCUCAAGACUUACCGACACCUGAUGAUGAUUUGACCAGAGACCUUGCUAACCCUACUGCAGUAAGAGCUGAGAAACCUCAAUACUUACCAACACCUGAUGAUGAUUUGACCAGAGACCUUGCUAACCCUACUGCAGUAAGAGCUGGUAAACCUCAAUACUUACCAACACCUGAUGAUGAUUUGACCAGAGACCUUGCUAACCCUACUGCAGUAAGAGCUGGUAAACCUCAAUACUUACCAACACCUGAUGAUGAUUUGACCAGAGACCUUGCUAACCCUACUGCAGUAAGAGCUGGUAAACCUCAAGACUUACCAACACCUGAUGAUGAUUUGACCAGAGACCUUGCUAACCCUACUGCAGUAAGAGCUGAGAAACCUCAAUACUUACCAACACCUGAUGAUGAUUUGACCAGAGACCUUGCUAACCCUACUGCAGUAAGAGCUGGUAAACCUCAAGACUUACCAACACCUGAUGAUGAUUUGACCAGAGACCUUGCUAACCCUACUGCAGUAAGAGCUGGUAAACCUGACACCAGUGGAACACCAUCUUCAAACAACACAACUGUGAUUCUAACCAUGAUCAGGACUGAACCUGUUUCUGAGGAGCAGCAGCAUACAGUCGCUGAAACGGAGACUGUUGUUGGUACUACAGGACAGACUGAGGAGCCAGGCUGUGGGUCUAGCAUUGAGGUGAAGGUGAGAGGGGAGACCUACCCACACUCAGAUUCAGACAGUAUCACUGGGGCAGUAGUGGAGACAGGAGAGACCGAUACUGAGAAUGACAGGGUGGUGUCUUGUCCCUCUGAAACUAUGCUGUCCUCUGAAGUGACAGAGAGAGCACCUGCAGAGGCAAAGUCUACAGCCGGGCCUUCUCACCCAACAAGUCCCCAGGGGCCAACCUCAACCCCAGGUCCAACCAGUGGCCCUCCCCCUGGCACCACCUCCAUCCGAGCCACCUUCUCCCUCGGUUCCCCGGUGGAGAAGCCCCUCCAGCUGCCUGCCCUCUUCAGUGGUCUGAGGACCCUAAAGAAGGGAGCGGCAGGGUCGGAUCAGGACAUAGUGGCCCUGAUCAAACCACCAUCACCAUCAGACCUGGGUGUGAACAAGCCUGUGAGGAGAGAGCAGAAGACGGUUCGCAGGAGGCAGGGGACUUUCUUGGACCAGCUCUCCCAGUUCCUGAACAUGGAGAAGGAUGACAACAGUAAGAUGAAGGAGUCUACAGGAGAGGAGAGUAAGGAGUCUACAGGAGAGGAGAGUAAGGAGUCUACAGGAGAGGAGAUGAGGGAGUCUACAGGAGAGGAGAGGAAGGAGUCUACAGGACAGGAGAGAAAGGAGUCUACAGGAGAGGAGAGAAAGGAGUCCAAGCUGUCAGAAGAGUCUAAAGAAUUCAGCGAUGAACCUGAGGAAGUGAGGGAGGUGAAAGAGAAGACAGAGAAGGAUACAGAGACAGAAAAGACAGAGCAGGAUACAGAGAAAGAGAAGACUGAAGGACUGUCGGUGAUAAAGCCUCCGGAAUCUUCAGAACCUUCUGAGACUCUAGAACCUAAGGAACCUCAGAAGCCUCCCUCCAGGGCGGAGGUGGCAUUUGAUGAGUUCAAGGCCUUUUUCGUCCCCAGGCCCCUGAGGCGGGACCAGGAUGCAGUGAAGCGGAAGGCCUGGAUCUUUGAGAGAACCUUCAAGACUCCUGAAAAGAAAACUGAUUCAAAAUUGCGGGCGUCGACCCCAGGUGAUGGAGAGGACCGGUCCACCCCAGGCCGUCUGCAGGCCAUCUGGCCCCCAACUAAGGAGGAGAAAGUGGGACUGAAAUACACAGAAGCCGAACACCAGGCAGCCCUCCUGCAGCUGAAGAGAGAAUGCAAUGAGGAGAUGGAGAAGAUACAGGAGGACUUUGGAAAGCAGCUGCGCCAGGUGAGAGGGGACAAUGAGGAGCGUGUAUUCCACCUAGAGUGCAACCUGGCCCGGCUACAGAGCGACCUGGCCCUGGGUGCGCACCACCGUCGUGGAGACCUCCGAGACGUUGCCGUAUCCACGGGAGAUGACCUCUCACAACGGACCGUCCACAACGUGUGCGUCCAGACGGACCAUCAGACCUUUAUCAGAACCCCUGAGGAUGAGGAGGGAGGUGUCAGGCUGGGCCCCCAACCCCCCCUCAACGUGCCUAAGAGACUGGGCCUGGCUUCUAUCAGUCUAAAUCUGUCUGGACAGGCUACCUCUCCCUCUUCUCCCUCUUCUUCCCCCCUCCCUCCUCCACCUCCUCCUCCUCCUUUCCCAAAACAGACCCAGGGACUUGACGGCCCUCCUCCAACCUCUCUACCAGGCUGCAGCCCUCCACCCCCUCCACAGCCACCAGGCUGUGUCCCCCCUCCCCCUCCAGGUGUGUUGGUGGAUAAACCCCACAGGAAGCCUGCUGUGGAACCAGCCUGUCCCAUGAAGCCUCUCUACUGGACCAGGAUACAGAUACAGGACAAUAAGGACACACUGUGGAACUCUCUUGUGGAACCAGACAUCAUCAACACCACAGAGUUUGAAGAUCUGUUCUCCAAGACCACCUUGCAGACCAAGAAAAAACCUCUGUCAGAGGCCUAUGAGAAGAAAGCCAAGGCCAAGAAGGUCAUCAAGCUGCUGGAUGGGAAGCGUUCCCAGGCUGUAGGGAUACUCAUCUCUAGUCUGCACCUGGAGAUGAAUGACAUACAGCAAGCUGUGCUGAUGGUGGACAACUCCAUCGUGGACAUGGAAACCAUCCAGGCCUUAUAUGAAAAUAGAGCCCAGCCCGAUGAGCUGGCGCAGAUAACGAGACACUACCACACUUCAGAGGAGGAACUGAUCAAGUUGCUGGACAAACCUGAACAGUUCCUCUAUGAGUUAUCUCAGAUACCAGACUUCCCAGGCAGAGCUUCAUGUAUCAUCUUCCAGUCUGUCUUCAUAGACGCCAUCGCCUCCAUACAGCGGAAGGUUGACAUCGUCUCUCGCGUCUGCAAGGAUCUGUUGGAGACCUCCAGUGUGAGGGAAGUAAUGGGUCUGGUUCUAGCUCUGGGGAACCACAUGAACGGGGGCAACAGGACCAGAGGACAGGCUGACGGCUUCGGGCUGGAGAUCCUGCCCAAACUGAAAGACGUCAAGAGCAGGGACAAUCGAAUCAGUCUGGUCGACUACGUGGUAUCAUACUAUCUCCGCAAUCUGGAUGAGAAUGCUGGGACAGAGAGAAGUGUGUUCCCUCUCCCCGAGCCUCGGGAUGUGUUCCUGUCAGCCCAGGUCAAGUUUGAAGACAUCACCAAGGAUCUGAGACAGCUGAGACGGGACCUGACAGUGUGUGAGAAAGGUGUUCAGAAGGUGUGUUCCAGCUCUCCAGACGAGCACCUCCAGCCAUUUAAGGACAAGAUGGAGGCGUUCGUUCUGAUUGCGCAUAAAGAACAUGAUGACGUGCAUGCCCAGUUGAUGUUUGCACAAAAAAGCUUCCACGAGCUGGUGACGUUCUUAGGGCUGAAGCCCAAGACAGGAGAGACCGAGGUGGCGACAGGUCACUUCUUUAUGCUGUGGUUUGAGUUCUGUACCGACUUCAUGACCAGGUGGAGGAGAGAGAACAAGAAUAUCUCCAAAGAGAGACUGAAAGAGGCUCAGCUGUCGGUGAAGAAGAUUACAGCAGACAAGAAGGUGGAAACUAGGAAGAUCAUCCCUAACAGCCUGAAAGAGAGACUGCGCCAGAAAGAAGCAAACAUGGUGGCCACAAGCUGAGAGACAGAACAGAGAAGAACAGGAAAGAGAAGAGAAGACAUUAAUGAAAAGAGUGAUGGUUUGAUGUGUGACAGGACUGGGGACUCCUCCCACCUUCUCCCGUCACCGCCCCUUAGCCACCCACACAGGACUGGGGACUCCUCCCACCUUCUCCCGUCACCGCCCCUUAGCCACCCACACAGGACUGGGGACUCC